AUGAAGCCAGUAAUUGGCACUGUGGUAUCGAACAAGAUGCAGAAAUCUGUAGUCGUCUCCGUCGAUAGACUCUUCCAUAACAAGUUCUUCAAUCGCUACGUCAAGCGCACUUCUAAGUUCAUGGCUCACGACGAUACAGACUCCUGCAACAUCGGAGAUCGAGUGAAAUUGGAUCCUUCAAGGCCAUUGAGUAAGCAUAAGCAUUGGGCUGUUUCAGAAAUUAUCAAGAAAGCUCGAAUCUAUUCUCCUCAAGCUGCUGCUACUGCCUCAGCUUCCAUUGCUGAUUCUCAGAUUUCUCCUUCUUCAAGUUCUUAA